AUGUCUGUAUAUAAGUUUGGGGCAAAUGUGGGCGCGGCGGGUAGAGACACGACUGCCCUGGCGUUGAACUGGACGGUCUACUCACUGUGCAACACACCCGAUGCCAAGAACGCCUUCUUCAAAGAGGUGGACAAUGUCAUGGGCGACAAGAACAUCAGCUAUGCUAUUG